AUGGCAACCAAGGUCAAUUUCAAAACCACCUUCGAGGUUGCCAAAACCAUCGAGCCGAUCUACACUGGAGGAGAUGUCUCUUCCAACUCUAGCGGCAGCCUCAUCGCAAGUUGUGUCGAUGACGAUGUUCUUGUGUUUGACACAGCGACCGGUAGCGUUUUGUGCAGAAUAGAAGGAGACGGGGAGGCUGUCACCAGCCUUUGUUUGGCACCCGAUGCCUUGCACUUGGUUAUAUGUUCACGAUCACUUUCCAUGAGCAUCUUCUCGCUUGUUCCAGAUGGCGAUGCUCAGACACUCACCUCCAAAUUGUUGCGAACUCUGAAACCGCACAACACCCCUGUUGUCUCUUCGGCUAUCGACACGACGGGGACGUUAUUGUCUACUGGUGGUGCUGAUGGAACUGUCAAAGUUUGGGAUAUCCGAGGAGGCUACGUUUCACACACCUUUCAUGGGCACGGCGGAGUCGUCUCUGCACUGAAAUUCCUCACUCUACCAUCGAUCAAUGCAACGGAUCGAUCAAACAGCAGCUCAAGCCGGAAACGAAAGAGUCGAGAUGGCGCACCAACUAAUCUCGACGAUCACUCGCUGGCUCAUAAUGUUUACCUUGCAUCUGGUGGUGAAGAUGGUAAAAUUCGGGUAUGGAACUUGGUUUCGCGGAAAUCACUCGCGAUUCUUGACUCACACGUAAGCGUGGUCAGAAGCAUCGACUAUUCAGAGACGCAGCAGCUCUUGCUUUCCGCCAGUCGGGAUAGAACAAUCAUUCUGUGGGACACACAGACAUGGGAGCAACGCAAGGUCAUUCCUGCACUCGAGGUGCUUGAAACUGCUGGUUUCAUCAGCGAUGGCAGAUAUUGCUUUACAGGAGGAGAGCACGGGCUGGUCCGAGUAUGGGAUGUUGUUGCCGGACGAGAAGUCACGCCGAAGGGAAAAGCUGGUCUCGAGAAUGAUGCUAUUACCACAAUCGUCAAUGCACCAGGUGAUUAUGCGCUCCUUUCAAUGCAUCAGGAUCAGACCAUAAGGGUUUGGAGCAUUGGUCAGCUUGCAGAUUUGAAGGCAUCGCAAUCUUUAGAAAGUCUGCCCCUGCUCCGCACAAUGGCAGGAAACUACGAUGAAGUCAUUGACAUGGCCUGUGUUGGGCCCGACAGAUCGCUUCUUGCGCUCGCUACGAACACUGAGAGUGUCCGACUGGUGUCCAUCGCGGAGGACAACAGCAGAGGGUCACCGUUCGGAGCAGAUGUAACCCUACUAGAAGGACAUGAGGAUAUCAUAAUUUGUCUAGACGUCGACUGGUCUGGCCACUGGUUGGCAACGGGUGCAAAGGAUAACACCGCAAAGCUCUGGCGUCUAGAUCCAGCAUCCUCAUCUUACAGGUGUUUUGCAACUUUUGCAGGACACGCCGAGUCACUAGGUGCUAUCGCUCUACCUCGAAGCCCUCGUCAAGAUAGUGCUGCGGCUAGAAAUCCCUCCGAGCAUCCUCCUUUGUUCCUGCUCACCGGCUCUCAAGACAAAACUGUCAAGCGCUGGGACACUUCUCGGCUCAAAUACACCCCUUCUAUGUCUGAGCCCCAUACCGGCAUCAAAGCACUCUUCACCCGAGUCGCUCACGAAAAGGACAUUAACGCAAUUGACGUAUCUCCUGUUGCGCCCCUGUUCGCCUCCGCUUCACAGGAUCGCACCAUCAAAAUUUGGUCGCUCGAGGACGGCUCUGUCACUGGCAUACUCCGCGGCCAUAAACGUGGUGUUUGGUCGAUCCGCUUCUCACCUGCCGGCAUACCACCCCUUUCCUCUGAUGGUGGCUCUAGCGGUUCUCGCGGCCUCCUCGUCUCGGGUUCUGGUGAUCGUACCGUCAAAAUAUGGUCCUUAUCCACGUAUACCUGCCUGCAGACAUUCGAAGGGCAUAGCAACUCCGUGCUCAAAGUCCUGUGGCUGCCAUCCACAACACCAUCCUCAGACUCAGAAACCGAUGGUCACCGACCGCCGUCCACGAAGAAUGAGCCCUUGAUCGCAUCUGCCUCCGCCGACACUCUUGUCAAGCUCUGGUCCCCUUACUCACCCUCCGACUCCGAUCACCUCCUGACAACAUUGGACAACCAUACCGACCGCGUUUGGGCCCUUACAGCUCCUAAUGCUUACUACAUACCACCCUCUUCUAAACGCAAACCAUAUCCAUAUCCUCUGGUCUCCGGUGCCGCGGACGCAACCCUCACGUUCUGGCGCGAUACUACCGUGGAAACCGCAACUCUUGCUUCGCAGCGUGCGACUCAACGCAUUGAACAGGAUCAAGAACUCCAGAACCACAUCCAUGCCAAAAACUACCGCGAAGCUAUAACGCUAUCGCUUGCUCUCAAUCAUCCGGGCCGUCUCCUCCGCGUAUUCGAAGAUGUUGUUACGCUACCUGAUGCGGAGAAGGAGUCCGACAGCCUAACUGGCUUGCGCGCUGUAGACGAAGUGCUCGCCACGCUGGACCGGCGACAAAUAUAUGUGCUGCUAGAACGUGUGCGGGACUGGAACACAAAUGCACGAACAGCGACGGUCGCGCAAACCAUCCUAAAUUGCCUGUUCCGAAGCUAUCCUGCCAGCACAUUCGUGGAGAUGGCCAAGGAUCGCAGUCUUUCUUCAGGCUCUGCCACGAAGGGUAAAAGUGGCGGGGGCAUGAAAGAUCUGCUCCGUGCACUGGAAGUGUACACCGAGCGACACUAUAAGCGCAUGGAAGAGUUAUUGGACGAGAGCUAUCUGAUUGAGUAUACCUUGCGCGAGAUGGAUGAAGUUGCGGGCAUUGCUAGCGGAAUUGAAGGCAUUUUGGCGAAUGGACACGGGCCUGCAAAACAGGUCAAGAAAGAGGAGGAUGUCUUGAUGCUUGAACAGACAAUGAUUAUGUGCUUGGAUCCAUAG